AUGGCCAAGCCACCUGCGCCCGAGAAGCCGUGUGUAGUCGGUGCGAGCUCGUCUUUAAGGAUCUCUUGGAUCAUCCCAGACGUUGAGCCCGAAGUCACUGCAUCAUCAUUAAAGCUUCGAAUACGAGGCGGUCACAGGCUUCAUGUUUACGACCAUGGCACAGCAAAGCUUGUUCCAAAGGGUGGAACAGCUAUUCCUGCGCCGAUCUGCGAGAUAGUCGUGGACGGAUGUGAAGAGGGCAUCGAGUAUGAGGCUGUUCUCGCUGUCAUGAAUAGCGAGGGCUGGAGUGAGCCAUCGCUUUUCAGUGAGCCUGGCUUCUUCGGGGCCCUCAAGCCACGGGAGAAGCCGCCCAGACCGACGGCCCCAACUCUCACAGCGCUGGGAAAGGGGAAGCUGCGAGUCUCUUGGGCGAUUCCGAGUUCAUGCCCACCUGUGGAAGCAACCCAGGUGCAGCUCACGGAUGUGGGAACAGGAAACAAGUGGCUUGUUGAUGGAUCUGGGGCUUUGGUGACCUCUGGCCGGACGACUUUCGCAGCCACCAGAACGGAGGUUCACAUCAAAGAUGUUCAGGAUUGCGUCGAAUAUGCAGCAGAAAUUUGCUGCCGCAAUGCAGAGGGCUUUGGAGAAUACUCUAUGGCGAGCGACAGCGUUGCCAACAUUGAUGCCAAGGGGCAGAUUGGUGGGAUGCAGCUUGUCAUCCACGAAAGUGCAAGCACUGAGGUUCCAGUGAUGGUGCCGCAGGGGGAAGGCAAAAUGAAGGUGAAAUGGAAGCUACCCGACGAAGCCAAGCAGACCAUUGUCAAGCUUCGCCGGGUUGGCAACCAGAAUUGGUAUCUUUGCACUGGUGGUGCCAUUGCUGCACCCGCCUCUGAGACAAUCGCCACUGGCUUAGAGGAAGGCAUUGAGUACGAGGCUAUGGUGUCGUUUCUCAUCAACAAUCGGUGGUGCUGCGAAUCAGAAAUCAGCAAGCCAGCCUGCAUAGGUGAGCUAAAGCUGCCUGCUCCUCCCACGCAGCCCAAGGAGCCGCGACUGUACGUCAUGGAUGUCGGUCAAGGUCUGAUGCGAGUCAAGUGGCAGUAUAUGAGCUGCGUACCUCCAAUAUCCGGAGCGCUGGUGCGGUUUCGAGCCGUUGGAGCUAGGAAGUGGCUUUUCGCACAUCCCAGCAGUGGGGCCUUGAUAGAUGUGUCGCCGGAACAGGAACCCGAGCUCAUACCUUUUCCACAGUCAGAGGUGGAUUUGCGGAACCUUCCGCUUGGCAUUCGCUUCGAAGCCUGUGUUGCUUUCAGGAACAAGCUCGGCACCGGGCCGUUCUCCAAGGAGAGCGACAUAGGCCACAUCGGCAUGCUGGCUGCCAGAGUACUCAAGUGCACGUACUGCUUCAGCGACUUCGACUUGCAGACCGCAGAGUACACCCGAGCACUGGAGAAUUUCUGGUGUCCACUGUGCCGCUUCAGGCACAUGGACCCCUUCAACGCGAUCAUAGAGCCAUCUGGCAUCUUGCGACAACACAUGUUUAUGCGGCCCACAUGGUCCUUCAACUUGGACUUGCCUGAGCUGAAGGCGUGGAGAAAGGAGGAUCAAAGCAUCUUCUGCAGGUGCGUGAAGGUCAACAGCGACAUCACUGCCCAGGUCUGGCCGACCAAGCUGAUCAUGACAGCAAACGGCGCAGAGGUCUUCAGAAUAGAACCUCCGGAAGAGGGGCAUGUACGAAGAGAUGUCCCCAAAGACGUCUCAGCUGCUCUCAGACCAGGGAUGAACAGCGUCACAAUCAUCAUUGAAGACGAGCAUCCCUCCAGUUUCGCCGUGGCACUGGUGCACACACAGCCCAAGACCGCCGCGGGGAUUGCGGAUGAGACGCCAGCAUGUGAAGAGGACGACGCCUUGCGAAGGGUGCGCAUGCUGUUGAAAGACACGUGGGGCAUAAAGAUGGAGGAGCUCGAUCUUGGGCCAAAGCCCGAACCUCCUCCCGAAGAGGAGGCGGAGCAGCAGGCCCCGGAGGCCCCGGAGGAGGCACAGCCUCAGCCUGAUGCUCUGAAGCUGGAUGAGGAUGAUGAGGAGGUCACCUGCGUCCUCUCCAAUAAGCUGAAGCUUCGUUGCCCUCUGUCCUUUGAGCGAGUGGACAUCCCCGUGCGGGGCGAGACCUGCAUGCAUUUGCAGUGCUUUGGCUUGGGAGCAUACCUGGAAUCGAACAUGAAGAUGAGGGCCUUGAACAACAGGUGGACCUGCCCUGUCUGCAGCAACAUUCUGAAGCCGCACGAUCUUGUAGUAGACAAGUACGUGCAGCGGGUCUUGUCGGAGACGCCGGCCCACGUUGAAGAGGUCAUUAUCGAGAAGGAUGGCACCUACAGGAUCGUCGAGGAUGAGGAGGAGGCAGACGCUGCUGGCAAGGACGGCAACAAACAUGACGCAGACGAUGCUGAAGAAGCAGGUGCGAAAGACACGCCGAUGGCAGAUGCAGACCACCAGGAUGGCAUCAAGAGACAAGGAACUGAUGAUGGGAUCGAGGUGCCCUUGUCCAAGCGCCAACGAAGGCGACAGAAGAUUUUGGAAGCCCGCGGCGAACUUCCUCAUGUCGAUCAGGACACGGUGCCUGCUGCAGAAGAAGGGGCUUCCUGA